AUGACGCGGGAGGAGGCUCUGAAAAUUUUCGAAAGCCACCGUCGCCAAUGGGAAAAGAUCCAGUCUCGGGAGUCGCUUAUCUGGGAAGACUUCCCUUGGCCGAUGUUCAAGACUCCCAGCAACCCCGAAGAUCUCACCACGGCUGCCAUCCAUAGCUAUGUGUUAUCACCUUUCCAGCCUCAGGACAGGUCUCAGAAAGAUAGAAUCAAGGAACUCAUCCGGAGGUGGCAUCCUGACCGCUUCGGUCGUAUCCUCUCCAAGGUCAAGGCGAGCGAUCGCGAGAGAGUCGACGAAGGGGGCGGGUCAGUAGUCAGGGUUCUGAACGACCUACUGCAUUCCAGCGAAUAG